UCAAGGAACCAGAAAAUGUUCGUGGUGUGGAAAGAAGGACAGACCUGACGGAGAUCUGGGACAAGCCAUGUGAGGGACGUGUUUAAUUCAGGAGCCAUGGCAGCAGCUCUGUAAAGAAAUACAAAGAAAUGGCUAAGGAAUUCUUUCAACUGAUAUUCCUGUAACUCCCUUUCCACAAGGAUGCCAUGAUAAUGAUCAUCUGACUGAAAAGUGAACACGCGGAGACCAUCAGAACAAGUGGAUGAGUCAUUUCAAGCAUUUCUCCUCAAAUAUCAAAAGGAGCCAUCAGGAGCCAUGAUCUCCACCACUCUGCGUUGUCUGUGUCUCGUGUGUGUAAUCAUUCUGACCAUCGGGGGAAACGUGCUGGUCUGCUUGGCCGUGGGGCUCAGCCGGCGUCUGUGGCGAACGGCGAACUGCUUCGUGGUGUCGCUGGCGGUGGCAGACCUCCUGCUCGGCCUGCUGGUGCUGCCCUUGUCUGCCACGGUGGAGCUGCGCAGCGGGCACUGGCCCUUCGGAGGGAUCUUGUGCAACAUCUACAUCACAAUGGAUGUCAUGCUGUGCACAUCCUCCAUCCUGACCCUGCUGGCAAUCAGCGUGAACCGAUACCUGGCCAUCUCGUCUCCUCUCAGCCACUCCCGGAUAGUAACCCCCAGAAGGGUGACGAUGGCCAUCGUUCUCAUCUGGGCCUUUUCACUAGCGGUGGCUUUUUUGCCCAUCCACCUGGGCUGGAACACGGUGGACUACAGGGUGCAGCACUCGGACUGGGUUAUGGGGGACGAGGACAAGGAGUUUCGCUACUGCCAGUUUGAAUGGAACAAUAACUAUGUUCUUAUUUACGUCUUUUGCUCUUUUUACAUGCCGCUGCUUCUCAUGUGUGGAAUGUACCUUUGCAUUUUCCGAGUGGCACGAGAACAGGUGCGGCGUAUUCGUGCUACUACCCCAUCAUUUGCACGCUCAGCGACUGCUACCAUAGCCCGAGAGCACAAAGCUACAGUCACCCUUGCAGCUGUACUGGGGGCUUUCAUCAUCUGCUGGUGUCCCUACUUCACCUUCUUCACCUGCAUGGGGAUAAAGGAAAAGACCAACCCCCCUAAUACAAUUCAUUCAGUAGUCCUGUGGCUGGGCUAUUUAAACUCAACCCUUAAUCCCAUACUGUAUCCAGCAUUCAACAGGGAUUUCCGGCGGGCCUACCGAGAGCUGCUUCUCUGCAGAGGACCAUCAGGCAGAAUACUACAGUUUAAUCAUAUGUCUGUGCUGAAACGAUUAACUUUUAAUAGACGAAUCAAGGUCUCCCAGCAGUCUGAGAAACACAUAGACACAGUUAAAAUUGAGCCUGAGGACAAGAACCUCAGUGUACAUGAGAGAAAUGAAGAGACAAGAUGAAAACACCGUGGAUGCUGUUUCACUUAUGGAAAGUACUCAUGCAUAUUGUAAAUAAAAAACCGGACUCAAUAACAGCCGACAAAUUACAGAUGUUCAGCGAAUAGUGCGGGAGAGCGUGCAAUAUUAGGCACAGUACAAUGAUUGUUGCACAGAUGUGUUGGUUGUGUACUUGAUUAAAAAGUGCGUAUUAUCUUGCCUUCUGCAUUAAAUCUUAACGGAUGAAGUUUGCAGCUUUGAAGAGUGUUUUUGUUAUACAACAGUGUCAUUUUAAAUAGAGUUAAGCAUAGUUAAGUGAAAGGAAUUGAUAACUCAGUAAGUUUCCCAGCACUGUGCAUAGAACUUCAGACGGUUAAAAGUUUGCAAAAGUGUGUUUAUUUUCUCUCCCCUGAGCCUUGGCAGUAAAUAAGUGACCAGGGAGAUUAUAUGAUAAUACAUCAUACAUGUAUGUUUGACUUAACCCCAGCAGCGUGACCUGGCGGACUUCCGGGACAUUUCAACAGAUUAACUGCAAAUGACGUCUUUUAAAAAAGUGUAUUCAAAGGUAAAGAGUGAAGCCAAUGUAUGGUGGAUAUAAAGAGUGCACCCCGCCCCCCGCUAAGUCAGAUUUUUGUGACUACAAUUUAAUUAAA